CAAAAUGGGCGGAUCCGUUCGGCCUCGUAAAACAGAAUCUCUGCUUCGCUGGUUGCCAAGUGACGACAGGAAAGCGCGCGCUUGAUAGAAAACGAUGGCUCGAAGAGAGCCAGUCUUAUAGCCGCCUCCAGUUGUCUGACGCCGUUCUUCGUGGUGCCUUAUUUUGCUUUUCUCCUCCCUGAGCGAAUUAGCUGUUGACUGCUACAGAUGACUGUCUUUCUUUCUGAAAUGCAUCUAUGGUCUUUGAAGAGCACCUUGCAUGUUGAAGACCAAGACAUUGGGAUCUAUCAUUACUAUGACAAAAAGGAGCCAGAACUGCAAAUGAAGUUUGGCUACUUAUAUGAGAAGCAACAUUUAGCAGAAUCUCGAGAUUAUCCUUGGGUACUUAAGAACAAACGUCCGGAAAAGCUGCGAGACACACUUAAGGAGCUAGAGGAACUGAUGCAAAACAGUCAGUGUGUGCUGAGCAAAUGGAAGAGCAAAUAUGUCUGUCAGCUCCUCUUUCAUUCAGGUGUACUGGUAUCCCUAAGUCUUUCUGGGCCACAGCUGGAGCGAGUGGUGAUUGACAGAACCCUGAUGGGGAAGCUCAUCUCCGACGCUAUCAGCGAUGCUGUUCUUACAGACAGUUUCAUGAUCUUGUCAUUUUGGGAGCAAAGCAAACUCUGCUUCAUUCAGUUCACAAAGAAGGCAAAUUCAUCUGAAGUAAACAUAAAGCUUGAAAAGCUCUCAUCCUUGGAUUUUAAGAUAUCUUAUGUUGACAUACCAGGGCUUGGGAAUAGAAGAACAAAGCAUCAUCUAGCAAUAAACAGCAUACAGGAUAUGGUUAUUUGCUGGUGGUCGAUGGCAAAGGAUGAAAUGUGGCCUUGGUCUCCUGGUUCCAGUGAAAGAGAAAGAGCCAACUUACUGCUCUUGAGAUGUAAACAUGGUAGUUUGGAGGUUCUGAGUUACACACGUACAGAUGGGGAUCCACUUGAUGCCACAUUUAGCUCAUGUCAUCCUUAUCAAAUUCAUACUGUAGAACACUGUUUCACUGCAGAUUAUGAGCCUAUGGCAGAUAGCUGCAUCUAUGAGUAUGUUAGGAAUAAAGUUCAAUGUGUGGCAGUCACUAAAAUACCACUAACAUCAAAGGUCAUCAGCUGCUGCCGGAACAUUACAGAAGACAAACUUAUUCUGGGAUGUGAAGAUUCUUCAAUAGUUCUGUAUGAAGCCUACCGUCAAGUGACUUUAUUAGCACAAGCAGAACUAUUGCCUGUCUUGAUGUGUUGCCACCCCAGUGGAGCCAUAGUCCUGGUUGGUAGUUCACAAGGGGAGCUCCAGCUGUUUGACAUGGCACUAUCUCCAAUUAAAAUGCAGCUUUUAGCUGAAGAUUUCUCAACCAAAUCAACUUUGCAGUUCAGUGAACAUUUCGAUGUAUCCAGCAGCCUCAUCCAAAUCCAGUGGGCUGCUCCUAAAGUUUCGUAUCAAAGUAUGAAUGAUGUAGAUAUCCAUGACCUUCUGUUACUUAGGUUUGACAAAGGACCUAUUGGAGUGCUUCAUUUUAAAGUAGGUGUUAUCCCAAGAGGCCAGCUUGGACUUGUGGAAAUCAUCCAGGAGUAUAUUCAUCAGGAUGAGAUAUAUGAGGCAAUUAAUAUCCUGAAUGGUAUGAACUGGAACACAAUGAGUCAUCAAUGCUAUAGAAGCCUAAGUGCCAUAGUAAACUAUCUUCUUAGACAAAAGCUGACUCCUACAAGAGAAGCACAGCUGGAGGCAAGCCUUGGAACUUUCUAUGUACCAUCAAGGCCUCUCUCUGAGACAACUGUGUUGGAAUACAGGGACCAGAUCAGCAGAUAUGCAAGAAGGUUCUUCCACCAUCUGCUCAGGCAUCAAAGAUUUGAAAAGGCCUUUCUGCUUGCUGUUGAUAUAGGUGCCCAUGACCUAUUUAUGGACAUCCAUUACUUUGCACUAGAUAAGGGUGAAUUGGCACUAGCUGAAGUGGCAAAGAAAAAAGCUACAGACAUUGACACAGAAUCGAUAACCGCUGGAGUUGAGAUUCCUGGACAUAUGGACAGAGAAGAUGCUUUAAGUGACACUUUUAUAAACCUGACUGUAUUGCCACAAGAGGACCAGAAAGUUCAAGACUAUCUCCCAACCUCCAGUACCAAUGCUCGAUACUUCACAAAUGUGACAUACAACAACUCUAACAGAGAACUUUCUGAAGAGUCAGGAAAACCAACCAGCUAUACUCUCAAGAUGGACCAGCUAAUAGCUGUGCUGUUAAAAUAUAUUUAGCCAAGUGCUUUAUAAACCACUAGUAAAUCCAUGUGACUCCCAACAUCCCUAACCUUCUUAUAAAAGUCUUUAUCUUCCUCUACAUUUCUACACCUGUAAAGUGAAGCUAAUACCUAAUAGCUAUUUUACUAGGGUGUUAUGAAAUUCAAUUAAUUAUUCUGAAUAACUUUAAAAUCAUUAGGUAGGGGUUUCCUCUUAAGGGAUAACGACUAUUAUUCUAAUCUAGCAAUACCAAUUAACAUAUUUAUCUGCCCAUUUCUAUUCCAGUGUGCUAUUAUUAUUAUUAUUAUUAUUUCCAUGCUAAUAGUUAUGGUGCAUGUAUGUUAAAGAGCUAAAAUAAGCCCUUCAACAUUUCUGUUCAAGAAUUUUCCUUGAACAAAGGAAAAAGCUCUACAGCUUUGUAAAGAAUUUACCAUCUUUUGCAGUUAGAAACCUAAUACUGUUUUACUUUUCCACCAUUAACAUUACUGUAUCAUUUACAUGACAAUACCACAUUUUGCAGAUACGGAGUUUCAUUCUGCUUUAAUGCUAACUACAGUCCUUAGCCAAAACUGCAUGGUUUCCAUUUUUAGUGUUGGACCUCAUUCCAUUUGUCGAGCCUAUCAAAUCUCUGCUAUGUUUAUGUUUGCUUUGCCAAACGCAUUUCCUUCAGCAUCUUUAAUGCCAUUUUGGACCAUACAUUGUAAGAUUUCAGUAUACAGUUACAAGCCCUCAUUAGUUUUGUUCAUAUGGAUGUAUUCUACUUGUAGGAGCAAGGCUCUGCAUGUUUAUAGAACAUGUAAAAGUAUUUAGGCAUCCUUUUCUGCACUAUGGUAGGAACAGGUAGUUACAGAACGCAUCAUGCAUUGUUUCUCUCAAAUUCUCCCCCUGCCCCCAACAGCUAGUUGUCUUUUUUUCUUAAGACUCUCGAGUCAGGAAGCAAUGUCAGCAUGCCAAUAAUAUUAAAGGUGUGUCAGAAAGGGUGUAAUAUAAAAAUAAUAGAUGUCAAAACAUUCUAAUCAACCUCCCUUUGAUUCACAGAAGUUUGAACAAACUGGUUUACCUGGAUAGUAAUUAAGUUGAUGAUGGUGUUAGAGUGGAUCCAUUUUCUUAUUAUAUAUUUUUAAAAAAUAAGCCUAUGUUUACAGACCUUAAUUUUGUAAAUAAAUUUGGGAAUGAAAAAUGGCAGCACUUUCUAAAAGAUUCAGAAAAGGAAUGCAUCUAAGCCACUAGAUCAAAAAGGCAAGAAAUAUCAUCUCAGGAUCACAUAAUUUCUGUCUUGCCUAAUAUUACUUGUCACCACCAUAUGCAACUUGCAUCAGAAGGCAUUCCAAGGGGAGAAAGGGGGACUUUAAUCAGUCAGAUACCAAGCACAGUUCUUACAUUGCACACCUGUGGGCUUCACAUAGUCCCUUGCAACUCUAUUACCCCUUUUAGACAUAUGCCCAUAUAAUUUCAGGAAGAUCUGGUAAGACACAAGUUAGAAUCGUAUGCACAAUUACACAUG